AUGGGGCUGUGGGGCUCGCAGCAGCCCAGGCACCAUGUGGGCGAGUCGCAGCCGCCUGGGCCCGAGCCUGGCCGCACUGGGCCCGAUCCGGAUCCGGCCCUACUGCGCCCGCCAGGCUCAGCGCCGCGGGGUCAUCUUCCGCCAGUGAACACCCACUGCCAUGCUGACCACGUGACCGGCUCGGGGCUCCUGCGCCGCCUGCUCCCGCCCUGCCGCAGUGUCAUCGCCCGUGACAGCGGUGCCGCCGCCGACCUGCUGCUGCGCCACGGCGACACCCUGCACCUUGGCGACCUUACGCUGGAGGCACGGGCCACACCGGGGCACACCCCUGGGUGCCUGACCUUCGUGCUGGACGACCGGAGCAUGGCCUUCACGGGGGACGCGCUGCUCGUGCGGGGCUGCGGCCGUACCGACUUCCAGCAGGGCUGUGCAGCCACCCUGUACCGCUCGGUGCACGAGCAGAUCUUCACCCUCCCCGAGGACUGCCUGCUCUACCCGGCCCACGACUACAAUGGUGGGGGGUCUUGGCUGAGCCUGGGGGGUCCUUAGGGGUUUUGGGUGGACCGGUAGGGGCCCUAGGGGGCCUCUAAAGGUCUGGGAGGGUUCCUUAGAGGGUCCUGCAGACUCCUGGGAGGCUACAGGGUCCCUAAGGGCUUUGGGGGGGCAGG